GACGGAUAUCAAUUGCGAUUCACUAGUAAAAUAAAUAAUAUAUAUUGAUAGUUGUGCUGGUGAUUUUAAGACGUCUAUGCGGUGUGGAAGACCAUGACUCUACAAUUAAUUUUAACAUUCGGCAGCAUAAUUAUUGCUGCAGCGGCUGCAAUUUAUUGGUCUAUGCCCGAACGUCCAUCCAACGAAAGGCAAUAUCAGAAUUCGAGGAGACGUCCAAAUCAUACUAACUACCCUGCUGUUGAUGACCAACAACGCUAUCCCAGAAGUAAUCCCGGCGAUAGAUGCCUUGUUUGCCAUGAGGUAAUGACUGCUAACGGGAUGAAGAUAAUGCGAUGCGGCCAUGCACUGUGCAAUGCGUGCUACUCGACAUGCAGAUUGGCCCAAACUACUUGUCCAUACUGCUAUGUUGUUGUGUUCCAGCUCACUAAGGUGGGCGACGAUUGCGUCAUAUGCUGUGAACCCAUGUUGAAAAAUACCAUGACAUAUAUGAAUUGUGAGCAUGCACUGCACACAGCGUGCCUUUCCGCAUACCGGCGGCAUGGCUUUAGGUCGUGUCCACUCUGCCAGAGUCCACUGGGUCAGAACUGACUGAACAAUAAUUGGCAACUGAAGCAAUAUUCAAAUUAUGAUAUAUAAACGGCAAAAAAAUUUCUUAAUUGCUUCUGUGUGUAAAUUAUAUUAUAUUGUAAUUUUUUACAUCAGAUAAUAGGAGU